UGUCACACACGGUCGUGGAUUCCGUUUCCGUGUGCGCCACAAUUGACUUUGGCGCGUUGUUCAAAACAAACCGCGGCUGAAGAGAGAGUUUUGCCGCGAUUAUUUUGCUCACCUAUUUUUUUUUAUACAAAACAGAAUCGGAUUUAUUUAACCUGGUGAUUAGAAGAUGCUAUCCCGGAAAAGAAAACAUGGCUCUCCCGAUGCCGAGAGUAACCCAUCCAAAAAGCAAAUCACGAGCCAGAGAAAGUCACCAAGAAGGACCGCUCGACAGAAAGAGAACAUUCCCAUCGCGCUGACAUCACCCCAAAAUAUUCCCAGUACACCUAAGAAAACGCAGAGGAUCUUUUCACUGGAAUCUCCUCCGAAGCGGAUCUCUCCCCGCAAAACGGUAUUGGGAGCGGGGUCCUUCUACAGCAAGCAGAAACCUCUUUAUCUCACACCUCUGGAAAGGAAGCUGUUAAAGGAAACCAAGUCACCACCCUCAGUCCCUCUCAAAGAACCAUCACACAUCCCUUUAAAUGCUGGGAAUCCUGUUAAAAAAACAGCGAAGAAGGUUCAAAAGAAAGGCACCGCUGCAGGUCCACAGUCUAACUUAAAAGGCUACUUCACUGCUAAACCCAAAGGGAAAAACCCCUCAGACACGCAAACAGAUCAGCUGUUGAAGGCCGCGGUGGGCCCGAUUUCAUUUAGCAAUAUGAAAUCUAAGAGUAAGCCCAAGCUACUUGUGGGAGCGGCUUUCUUCGGCACUGGGAAAAAGCCCACUUCGAUGUUCAAAAGGUCUGCACAGAACACAAAGUCUAAACAACCAUCAUACUCUAAAAAACCCGCAAAGGAGAAGGAAGCGCUGACAGCACCGGGAGAACGUUCCCCGGUCCGCCACGCUGUCUUCUUAAAAAAACACCCGAGAACUGAAACCGCAGCUACAUGCACCACGGAUGAAGAAGAUGGGGGCAGUGAAUCAACGCAAGCCAUGUCGAGCCCUAAACGGAUGUCCCCUCAUGUUCUGGCAGAUCUGCAUGGUAUUACCAAAGAGUUAAAGGUGGUUUUGAGAAGAUCUGUCAGUCCCAACGGAUAUAGUGAAGUUGAUAGCCAGGACUCGCCCACAAAAACAGAUUCAGCGUUUGAUGUGAGUGACAUACCACCACAGGAUCACAACAGCUCUCUUGAUGAAGAAGAUUCAUCCGUUUAUCCCAUUUUUGGUAGUAGGAGAUCUCAGAAAAAACACAUUUUGUCACCACCGCUGAAGUCCAGCGCUCCUUCUGCACUGACUGGUACUCCUGCUCUUAAGACCAAAGAGAGGACUGCCCUGAGAAGAGAGAUGAAGAAGCAGACAGAUAAUCAGCUGAUCAUUGAUGCUGGUCAGAAGCAGUUUGGUGCCACCACAUGCGGGUCCUGUGGGAUGCUGUACAGUACAGAUAGUCCCGAGGACAACUUCCAGCACACGCAGUUCCAUCAGCGCUUCUUGGACACCAUUAAAUUUGUGGGCUGGAAGAAAGAGAGGGUUGUGGCUGAGUUCUGGGAUGGAAAGAUUAUUCUGGUUCUUCCCGAAGAUCCUAAGUAUGCCACAAAAAAGGCAGAGGACGUGAGACGGAUUGCAGACAGUGAAUUGGGCUUUCAGCAGAUCACUCUCAGUAGCCCGAGCUCAGCUAAAACCUAUCUGUUCAUUAACAGUGACAGGAUGGUAGUGGGAUGUCUGGUGGCCGAGAACAUUAGACAGGCUUUUCGGGUGCUGGAGCAGCAGGAGAAACCCAAAGAUAUGAACAAGGAGGAUUUCAUGGAGCACCACAGAGCCUGGUGCUGUUCUACUGUGCCGGAAAAAGCCAUCUGUGGUGUCAGUCGCAUCUGGGUUUUCAGUCUGAUGAGGAGGAAGGGAAUAGCAACUCGCCUUCUGGACACUGUCAGGACGACUUUCAUGUACGGGAGCCACCUGAACAAAGAGGAAAUCGCUUUCUCUGACCCGACUCCAGAAGGAAAGCUGUUCGCAACAAAGUACUGCGAGACGCCAACAUUUCUGGUCUAUAACUUCAUCAGUUAAAGAAAACGUUUCCUGUAGGUUUUAGUGCGACUGCAUUUAUGAAUGCUUUUGUGAGGUUUUUAAUAGAUUAAAAAAAAAAAAAAAAAGUUAGAUGUUUUUAAAUGAAGUUUCAUUCUGAUAAAUCUCAUGCAGAUUUGUUCUGGAGAAAAUCCGUGUUUUACCGUUUUGUAUAGAUUGAUGGAUUGUCUUUGACCGUGAGUUCGUGAAUUGUUUUUUGUCAAUUUACAUUAGCACAAAUGCAAGCUUAACCCUUUACCCACCAUGACUUAAAGGUUCUGGUUUGGAAAAUUAGACUUGUAAUAAGUUGAUUUUAAAAUGAACAAGAAUCUUGAAGUGAACUGACCUUGCUUUAGACUUUGUACAUAUUUUUAAAUAAAUUGUACUUA